AUCUUAUUGGAUAUUGAGACGCGAUUCGAUUCCUGACACCACUAACAUCAUAAUUGUCUGUUCCACGAACGACAUGAAGAAGGACCAACUGGGCUCAGUAGACUCCAAUACAAAACAUCUUCCAUCUUACACGUUCCACUAAGCCACACUCAUGUUUAUAUAACACUCCACCAUGUCUCUCAAUGAUAGAGAGAAGUCUCAGCUUCGAAGCGCUUUACAAGAUGCAAUUAUAAAAUGUUCCGAAAGAUGCCUCUACCAAUCAUCUAAAUGGGCAGCCGAACUUCUCAAUGCGAUCCCCGAGACAGAACCGUCGCUCGAUGAUUCACAGCUUUCAGACGCCUCUACUGGAUACGCCUCCACCAUAAUAGCUCCGAAUAUUGACCCGAAUGAGGCAGCGCUUGAAUCUAAGGAGAUAAACAAAUAUCUCCUAGCAAAAUCCCUCUUCGAUUGCCGAGAAUACGAUCGUUGUGCCGCAGUCUUUCUCCCCGACUCUACACUUACUGGCAUAAUCUCUUCAAAAGAGCCGAACAAUGCGACCCCAAAAGGCAAGGGCAAGGGCAAGGCUACAACCCCUACCACCAAGUCGAGCAAUAGCGAAUAUCUACCGCAAUUAAGCCAGAGAAGCUUGUUUCUCGCUUUAUAUGCUAAGUUUCUCUCGGGCGAGAAGCGCAAAGACGAAGAUGCCGAGAUGGUAAUGGGGCCGCAAGAUAUUGGUACAUGUUCCAACAAGCAAUUAUUAACCAUUAGUCGUGUUUUGGAAGCGUGGUUUAGUCAGCAUCAAAACCAGGAGGGUGAUGGUGUUGAAGGUAGUCAAGGGUGGCUCGAGUAUCUCUACGGGAUGGUUCUUGCGAAAGAGAAGAACGAAGAACUGGCCCUGAUGUGGCUAAUUCGCAGCGUUCACUUGUUUCCUAUGAAUUGGGGUUGCUGGCUAGAGAUGACGGGGUUGAUAUCACGAGUGGAAGAUUUAAACCGGAUAAUGCCUCGGUUGCCACAGAAUAUCGUCUCCUUCAUGUUCCAUAUCCACACAUCUCUCGAGUUAUACCAACACGACCCAAACCUUGCUAAUUCAUUAGACCAACUACUCAACAUAUUCCCGACGUCAUCGUUUCUGCUCACGUGUGAUGCGUUGCUUUCAUAUCAUGCAAAGGACCUCGUAGCUGCGGAGCAGAACUUCAGCCGCAUCCUCUCGCUACAUCCGCAUAGGCUUGACUCUCUCGAUCACUACUCGAAUAUCCUCUAUGUUAUGAACUCACGUCCGAAGUUGGCUUUUCUAGCUCACCUAUGCAGCGGCGUGGAUAAAUUUCGGCCUGAAUCUUGUGUCGUUAUCGGUAAUUACUACUCACUGUUGUCUCUUCACGAGAAAGCUGUGCAAUACUUCCGACGAGCAUUAAUGUUGGAUCGUUCAUGUUUGUCUGCCUGGACACUGAUGGGGCAUGAAUAUGUCGAACUCAAGAAUACGCAUGCCGCCAUCGAAUCAUACCGUCGAGCUGUAGAUGUCAAUCGGAGAGACUAUCGCGCUUGGUACGGAUUAGGCCAAACAUAUGAAGUCCUAGAGAUGCAUGCGUAUGCCCUAUGGUAUUACAAAAAGGCAGCCGGACUCCGGCCAUGGGACGGUAAGAUGUGGAUGGCAGUGGGUUCGUGCCUACAGCGCAUGAACCGAAAUCAAGAUGGAAUCAAGGCCCUCCAACGUGCACUACGUGCCGAAAGCUACUAUGAGACGGGAAGCAGUUUUGGCAGCGCAGGUAGUAUGAGAGGCGCGCAUAUGGAUCCCGAGAUCCUAUUACAAAUCGCCGGCAUGUACGACAGUAUAGGUGAAGAAGAGGACGCUAAAGCGUACAUGGAAAUGUGUGUGGCACAAGAAGACGGCGGAACGGGCGAUAACCUAGGUGAAAGUAUCACGAUCCAUAACGAUUCGCCGGGUGAGGGAUCCGACGAUGACGGCGACAAUGCGGGACGAGGAGAAGGUGGCACGGGAGUCACAGCGGCCACUAGUAAAGCUCGAAUGUGGCUUGCGCGCCACGCUAUGAGGACGGAGGAUUACCCCACGGCAAAUCGCCUAGCGACCGAACUCUGUCAGGAUGGCGUCGAGGUCGAAGAGGCGAAAGCCCUCAUACGAGAGGUCAGAUCCAGGAUGGAGGCUAAUGGAAUGAGCGGGCCGUCUAUCGGAUAGAAUCCGCCAGACUCUCCUGAGCUAUAAUAUUCCGAGUGGCGCCGACCAAACCGAGGAUUCUUAGUUUUGACUUAUGGGUUACGAUUUAUUAACGAAUAGAUGGAAAAGCAUUGGGGGAACAUGGGGUCAUCACGGGAGAUUAUAGUCCUUGCUUUGUUUUACGAGAAAUGAAGGCUUCGUGAACCAACAACUUUUUAGGGAAAUCCUAGAUGGUAGUGCAUUUUGGAAGGGAAUCAAUUACAUCCUCACACGACAAGUAGCCACUUCAUAUUACCUUUACUAUAGCCCGCCGGCGGCAACGUAACAUAUACCACCAUGACCUAAGCGGCGCUGAGACAAAC